AUGGAGAUGAACUCUACACUAUCUGAGCUAUGUAGUGCACUACAAGACUCAUUCUCAUUGGAUACCAAGGAUACAGAUGUAGUGGAUAGAGAGUCUGAAGUGAACCUUAUACAAUCAGUGUUGAGCAAGUCACUAAAGGCAUCAACUGGCUCUGCAUUGUAUGUCUGUGGACUACCAGGCACUGGCAAGACACUGUCCGUGUUGAAGACCGCUCUAAAGAUACAAGCCACUUCAAAGCGAUGUGAUGUCAUAUAUAUCAAUUGUAUGCGACAUAAAGAUGCAAGAGAUAUAUACGUUGAUAUAUAUCACAAUCUAAAGAAGGUGAAGAAGAGUCAGAUCAACUUUAGUACAGGUGAAAUAAUCAAUCAAUUGGAAAAGACAUUCUUCAACGCAGAGUCAAAGAGGAUGAUGUUCUGUAUACUUGACGAGGUAGAUCAUAUGGUAUCUCGAACUAAUAAGGACCUCUAUCGUAUAUUUGAAUGGCCGUUUGAAGAGGGUUCCAGAUUCACAUUGAUUGGAAUUGCCAAUGCACUGGAUUUGAUUCAGAAACAUCUUCCAAGAUUGUCAAGCUGCGGUCGUGAGCCAAAGUUGUUGCACAUGAAACCAUAUACACAGGACCAGAUAUAUAUUAUCCUAAAGGACAGAGUGGAGAAAGUGACAACCGAGGACUUUGUACAAGACGAGGCGUUGAGAUACUGUGCCAAACUGAUCGAGGUCAAACGAGGCGAUAUAAGAAAGGCUCUGGACAUAUGUAGACAGGUGAUGGCCCGCAAGCAAUUGGAGUUCCAACGACAUGGCAAAGAGGAUUUGGAGGUGGACGAGUAUCUUUUGUCCCUAGACGAUAUGAUGGAUAUGAUGGACGAUGUGUUUGGCGAGAGCAACUCUCCCAAGAUCAAGAGUCUGCCAUUGCACGCUCAACUCAUUGUAAUCUCCUCACAGACAGCCUCCCCUACCGCUCUAAACUACCUAACAUUUGCUGCAGUAUACAAGGAAUAUCUUUCCAAUUGCAGUUUAGUAUAUCUUGAUCCAGUCAAUAGGAACGAAUUCUUUGACGUAUUGAGUUCAAUCACAUCGAGUGGAUUGAUGUCAUUGGACACGAAUGAAAAGGUUGAAGAGAACAAAAGGAGGAUCACAUUGGUGUUCAACAAGGAUGAUGUUGUGUUUGGAUUGGAGCAUCUAAAGAUGUUGCGACCUUUAUUAGAUCAGUUGGAGUCAACUAACAUUGGAGGCGAGCAAUAA